GGUUAAAGUGUGUCUUACCAAACAACGACUCAAAGCCAAAAGGUUCGGUUCUAGUUGAGACAAGAUAAUUAUCCCAACGCGACUUCGUAAAAUGGCACUGUGUGAAAGGGACGUGUGCUAUAUCCAGUGGAUCGUCUAUGUCCCCACAUUCCUUGUGGGUUUUCCCCUCAACCUGGCCGCUCUGUGGCUCCUCCUCUUCAGGAUCCGUCGAUGGACUGAGUCCACGGUGUACCUCAGCAGUCUGAUCAUCAACAACAGCCUUCUCAUCUUCUCUCUGCCCUUCAAGAUGUACGCCUACGGCCGCACCUGGGGCCUGAGCAUGGGCUUCUGCACCUUCCUGGAGAGCCUGGUGUUCGUCAACAUCUAUGGGAGCAUCAUACUGAUCGUGUGCAUCUCGGGCGACCGCUAUGUUUCUCUGCGGUUUCCAUUCAACGGCAAGCGUCUGCGCUCGCCACGGAAGGCUGCCAUGGUAUGCCUGGCCGUGUGGGUGACGGUAUUCGCUUUCACCAUGCCCGUCUAUGAGCUCCACAACAAAAACACCACCAGCCUGCACAACGGCAACGAAACCAGGUGUUUCGAGAAAUUCUCCAGAGAAACCUGGGAGAAGAAAUGGAUCAUCGUCACCAUGGAGACGGUGUUCACAAUCAGCACCAUCACUAUGGUGUUCUUCUCAGUGUGCGUGAUGCAGAUCCUGAGUAACAUGCGGCGUCGGUACCCGCUGGACGAGAAGCUGAGGGACAACAAGUCUGUGAAGAUCGUCCUGAGCAACCUGGUGGCCUUCCUGCUGUGCUUCAUCCCCUACCACGUGGCCGCAGUCGUCUACUUCCUGGCCAAGAACCGCACAGAGGACCCGGGCGUCAUCAACCCCCUCAGAGACUUCGUCCACAUCAGCACCUGUCUGAGCAGCGUCAACUGUCUGACGGACGGGGUCUGCUACUACCUCAUCCUGAAGGAGAACCUGCUGACUGCCAGCCAGGAGAGGAGGAGGAUGUCCAUUAGAGGGAACAUGGUGGCAAAGCCCCGGGAAAUCAACCAGCGUCCGAUGGACAACAUCAAGGUCAAGGGACCCGGAGAGACAGGAUCAGACACCCAGGUCACUGGAAAUCGAUAGGACUUGCUAGAUAGAUGUGGCUUAUCACUUCUUGCCGCGUGCAGAGUGGAGAGCAGGGUGGAGAUGCUUCCCCUGUAGAUGGAUGGCUAUUACCUCUAUCUGGGAAAUGGGAAACUCAGAUCCCCACAGCAGAGAGAGGAGACAAGUCUCAUGAAAGACUCUUGAAGAAUGAAUGAAUGAAUGGCCAACACAAUGUUUUCAAAUCAAUCAUCCAACCUUCAAGUUUAUGUUCUAUUGUAUUCUCACUCAUCACACCUGUGACCUCAUACAAGUCUUACCCUUUAGGAGGCUGAGAUUCAUAGAGGUUCCACAGAAGAUCUCAGAGGGCAUAUCUAACACUAACUAAUCUGAUCAACAAAAGGCAUGGGAUUUACAACCCUGAGUCGUGUAAUUUAUUCAUACUGAAUAGAAGCAUAUACAUAAUUAUACAUUGUUCAGAUAUGGACUGUUCAGAUGUAAGCCAACCACUCUCAAUCUAGCAGUUUAGUAAUAAUACUUUAAAGUACUUCUUAAGUAGUUUUUUGGGGUAUCUGUA